GUCACUGUCUCCUCUUGUGUUCUUGAUCUCCAUCUCCUCAUAUCCUUCUACUUCUCUUUCUGCCCAAACAUCUCUCUCUGUUUGAUGGUGGGGUAUUUCUAUUCUAUGGGGCUGUGAGCUCAGCGAGUUUGUUUCUGUCUCUAUAAUCCCCCGUCUCUGAGCGCCAGCAUAUGAAAGCCAUGAGGGGCCCAGCGCCCGGCACGCUCUGACACGGAUCACCGGUCUGAGCCCAGAGUCUGCUCCUCUGCACACACAGGACACAGUCAUCAUGUCUGCUGGAGGAGACAAGUCACAGGGUUCUUCCCAACCUGAUGGAAAGACAGCUCAGAACAAGAUAUAUGAGAUGGGCAUGAUGUCCUAUAAGAUGUUUGUGUAUGACCAGGAGAACUUCCAGAGCCGCUGUAUGGAGAUCAUCAACGAGUGUAUGAAUGUGUGUGACAUGGGAAUGGACAGAGUGCGCUCCCUGCGUGUUGACUACCUACCCUUUGUGGGCUUUGAGCAGAUGAAUUUCUGUGGUGAGAUGUUCAUCCUGGAGAAAGGCGAGUACCCCCGCUGGGACUCGUGGAGCAACUGCCAGAAGAAUGACUACCUGCUGUCCUUCAGACCUGACCGUAUGGAUCCCGAGAAGCAUAAGAUCUGCCUGCAUGAGGUUGGAGAGUUCAAAGGUCGUAAGAUGGAGAUCAUGGACGAUGAUGUCCCCAGUCUAUUGAGUUAUGGUUUCACCGACAGAGUGGGCAGUGUCAUGGUCAGCUGUGGAACCUGGGUGGGCUACCAGUUUCCUGGCUACCGUGGCAGCCAGUACCUGCUGGAUAAAGGGGACUACAGGCAUUUCAACGAAUGUGGCGCCCGUUGUCCCCAGAUGCAGUCCAUAAGGCGUAUCCGCGACAUGCAGUGGCAUGAGCACGGCUGCUACACCAUGUCCUCCAAGUGAAAGCUUGGGAGGGCGAGGAAGAGAGCGAUGGAUGGAGACACGAGGGUCAAGGACAGAGACAGAGCAGGAGGAUCGAGACGCAAAAAGGAGAGAAAGAGGGAAAGAGUGUAACAUUUUUUUGUCCUCCUUCCCACAAUUCCUUGAAGGCAGGAUAAGGAGAGAACACUUUUAGCUUGUUAUUUUACCCCGAUGGAAAAUAGCAACCUAUAGCCAGUAAUGAUGACUGCAUAUGAUGAUACAUUCUCUCCAUUUUUAUCCUCCCUCUCUCGCCAUCUCUGUUUGUUGGCUCCCUUGACCCCAUCUUCCUCUCUCCAACCCUCCCUCCCCCUCACACAUUUCUUUUUCAGCAUCACACCAUUUUCUGCCCUGACUCAGUGACUGACUGAAGGAGCAUCCGUGUGGUUUUCUGUGCGUUUAUGUGGAGGAGGAUCUGAUACUGAAGGAAGCGGAGAGUUUGUGUGAUCAGAUUAACCGCUCUCUCUGAAGCCACAUUAACCCUGAACCACAAUAAAGCCUCUCACAUCCUGCUCCGUUUGAAAUGCCUCCCUACCAAACACACGCGCGCCAUU